AUGGGGAGCGAAAUCAGAAAUGUUCUGGAUGCUAUCGCCGGCAGUUGGGUCCUCAAAGCGGCGAUCAUCUCCUUUGCAAUUUCACUGGCGAUCACCUUGGCCAUUGCUGUUACGCAGAACAUCUAUACCUGGGUAGAUGGCACACCGCCCCGGGGUAUUGCAACCAUUGAUGUUGGGAGGCUGGGAAUGGUGGCCGGCACGUCUGGAACGGCAGCGGCUUUCCUGGUGACGCUUUACGCAGCCGACCGAAACUAUCGGCGGGGCCGAGAACACAUACCUAACCUCACGAUGGAGCUACAGGUGGUACGAGUUCCGGCAAGCCUCCAAUACGACGCCGUGAUGGUUGCCCUCAACUCGAAGAAUACCGGAAAAGGUCUAUGCCGCGUCAAUCAGGUAGUCUGGCAGUUGAAGGUGGUGUCGCCGUACGACGACGAGACCAUUCAGGAAAUGGAGCGUGAGUUUGACGGCACUCCGGCCAGUGAGCAGGAUAUCGAAUUCCCGUGGCGCCUCAGGAACGAAGAGACUGUAACGGAAGGGAUAGUGAUUGAACCCAAUGAGACGGAGCAGAUGACGUAUGAUUUCAUCAUUGCGGCUGAAAUCACGGCUAUAGUCGUAUCGGCAUGGGUUUCUAACGCAUCGGAAUCCAGGGAAGCGGAAGGAUGGUAUAGAAGGACCGUGCACGUCAAAGAGGAAGUUUGA